AAGAAUGGCACUUUUUGCCCUUGUCCUCGUGUCACUUUUCAUUUAUUUGUGCUAUCACACUUACAAUGCCCGAAAUUUCGAAUUGGAAGCUCUAGAAGAGAAAUUAUUGCUUUUAGAUUAUGAGAGAAAUCAAAGAGACUCAAAAUCGCACUUUUCAGAAAUUUUGCAACAAGUGAAACAAGUGACUGGGUGUUUAGAUAGACCCAUGGAGCCCAAAAUCCAGCAAAGAGGUGACUAUUGGGUGUUGUACAAUUAUAUAAUGGCUAAAAAACGAUUCAAGUGUCACGAAAGUGUAACAAUAACGACUUUGGGUGAUUUUACUUUCCUUGAUAAUAUUUUACCAAUGGUGGAACGAUGGAAAGGACCCAUAAGUGUGGCUGUUUAUGCUCCUGGGACCGAUUUUAGUCCCACCAUGGAUGCUAUUAAGUACCUACGUUGCUUCAGUACCCUUGUGAGGGAUUUAGUAACAUUUCAUAUUUUUUUUCCUAGUGACCAUAUUCCGGAAAAGACCUACAUUCCUGAAGAUGACUACGUCUGUUCCGAAACGCCAGUUUUGGUCAAUUCGACUUACAAAAGUGAAAAAAACCUAAUUUUUCCCAUUAAUUUAGCUCGAAAUAUUGCUCGAGAAGUGGCCCAAACUCACUUUAUCUUCCCCCUAGACAUCGAAUUGUAUCCCAGUCCCUACCUAAUCCCAAAAUUCCUUAAAAUGGUCUCGAAAACACCCUCCUUGUCCACCCCACGUGUGUACCCCCUUGCUGUCUUUGAGGUUGAAACUGGUCAAAAAAUCCCGGAGAAUAAAACUGAGCUUCAGUCAAUGUUGGGGAAAAAUUUAGCCGUUCCUUUUCACCACAACAUUUGUGUCCCUUGUCAUGACAUUCCCAACUUUCAAAAGUGGCAAAAAAUGCCCGAAAUGCCCAAUUUGCACGUUUUUCACACCACCAAAAGGAGAGGAGAGUACCUCCAUUGGGAACCGUUCUAUAUUGGUACUCACCAAGAACCACUCUAUGACGAAAGGUUUACCUGGGAAGGCCAGAAAGAUAAGCUGGUUCAAGGGUACGUUUUGUGUGUCCUUGACUAUGAUUUUAUGGUACUUGAUAAUGCCUUUCUGGUGCAUAAACCGGGCAUUAAAGUGAAAACCAUGGACGAGCGGAGGCAAAUUAUGACCAAUUUGACUGAUAUGAGCAUAGAAACCGAGAUUAUGCCCCAGUUGGAAAUACUGUUUGGGAGGAGGGAUGGGUGCGUGAUAUAAGUGCUAAUAUUAGAGUAAUAAUUAUUGAAUUGUGAUAAGCAUAGGUAUUAUUUGUGAUAAGAAUGAUAAAUGGAGUGAAGCAUUUUGCUAAUUAUCAAAAAGGAUAAAUAAAAACUGAUA